ACAGCCGUCGGAGAGCUCUCCACGAACAGACAUCGACUUCCGUCGCAUUCCAGUCUUCCGAUAAACUUAGGAUUUGAUUCCGAGAGAGAAAGGAGAAGCUGCAGGAUCCAUGGACCGAUCGGUCGGAAUCCGCGGCUCUUUGAUCUUGUUAGGGCCAAUGCCCGCAGGGGAGGACUUUGGUCAGCAGAUGAUGGAAAUUUUCAUCAAGUCGAUCUAGAACAAGCAUGGAAACAACACCAGCAAGGAGUGAGUGUGAAGGUGCCUAGAAAGCUCUGAGCAAUCUGCACCAGGCACAUUAAUUCAAGAAAUCGAGCAACGAUUAUUCCAGAUAGAUUAUGGGGCCAGUAAAGAUGGAGGCUAUGGAAGAUGCUGGGCUGGAGAAGCACAGGAUUGAUGAAAUUGUUCUUAUUCAUCGGAUCGCCAGCAUUCAUAAAGUUCAGCAGCUCCUGAAGGAGUUUCUGAUAAAAUGGAGCCCAAAAAGGUGUGAACUAUAUGAGUCAGUUGCAUUUGGUGCUACCGUCCGUGGAAGCAUCCUCAGUGGAGAUGGUGGAUAAGUAACCAAGGUAAUCAUCACUGCACUAGUUCCUUGCAGGCCAUCACACGCUGCAUAACUGCCUCCAUUAAAUUGCAGCACUGCUUUCUCUACCUUACCUUAACCAAUAAGCAGCACACUUUAUGCUGUUUUUUCCCUUUUCCUAUGCUCUAAUUUGUGAUGUAGUCCCCAACGCAGAGAUACUCGAAUUGGAUGUUCCAUCCUUACUCUUAAAAUUAGACUGUUGGUGGAAUGAUGACUAAGCUUAUCCGAAGAAAUACUGUCAUCCCAACCAAGUAAUCUCACCACUAAGCAUGAUCAGUAGACUACUGUCACCAGUCGGGUAUGAGCAUUGUGGUUAAUCUAAUUUAAACUUCAGUACUCAUCUUGAGAUCUUAUUCCAUUUAAAUGAAGGCUGUAGGUUGCUUGCAAAUUUCACCCACAGGAAUUCCACCAGCUCCCAGGUACACAGUAACCUGCAUUGUGAAGACCAAUCAGUACGUUUUUACUGUGACAUCAGGACAAAAAUGUCGCAAGCACAAACAGAAACAUACUGAGCUUACUGACACUCGAAAUAGAAAACCAUUCACCACCUACUCCACACUGAUAACCCCCAACCUCAGAGAUUCCCUUCCCCACCCUGUCAAGCAAGCUUGCUCAUGGUCGAACGCCAGUAUGAGGUUGCAUCAGCCGCUGCAAUGGAUCCUCCUCUUCUUCUUCCUUUUGGCCGCCUCCUUCGAUCCCCUGGCCACCAGCCUCGCCAGUGAUGAUGCCCAACUCCCCAAGGUGCCAUGCGAGUCCCCGAACUACUCCUCCUUCCCCUUCUGCAACACAUCCCUCCCCGUCGCCGUUCGCGCCCGCAACCUCGUGUCCCUCCUCACCCUGCCGGAGAAGAUCCAGCAGCUCUCCAACACCGCCGGUGCCGUACCCCGCCUCGGCCUCCCGACCUUCGAGUGGUGGUCCGAGUCCCUCCAUGGCAUCGCGGUCAACGGCCCCGGCGUCGCCUUCAACGGCUCCGUCCGCGCCGCCACCGAGUUCCCCCAGGUCAUCCUCACUGCUGCCGCCUUCAACCGUACGCUGUGGCGCGCCGUGGCCCGCGCCAUCGCCGUCGAGGCCCGGGCCAUGUACAACGUCGGCCAGGCCGGCCUCACCUACUGGGCACCCAACAUCAACAUCUUCCGGGACCCGCGGUGGGGCCGGGGCCAGGAGACGCCCGGCGAGGACCCGCUUGUGGCGUCCGAGUACGCCGUCGAGUACGUGAAGGGAUUUCAGGGGGAGUACGACAACGGCGAAGCCGGCAGCAGUUCUAUGAUGCUUUCCGCCUGCUGCAAGCACUACACCGCUUAUGAUUUGGACAGAUGGGGAAAUUACACCAGAUACAUCUUCGAUGCGCAGGUGACGGAGCAGGACAUGGAGGACACAUAUCAACCUCCAUUUGAGAGCUGCAUCAAAGAAGGUCAUGCGAGUUGUCUCAUGUGUGCCUACAAUCAGGUCAAUGGUGUGCCUGCUUGUGCUCGGGGUGACCUCUUAGAGAAAGCACGAAAAGAAUGGGGAUUCGACGGAUAUGUUACCUCCGACUGUGAUGCUGUUGCGAUAAUUUAUGAAGAUCAGCAGUACUCCUCUUCACCUGAAGAUUCGAUUGCUUCUGUUCUAAAAGCAGGAAUGGAUAUCAAUUGUGGAACGUAUUUGCUUCGGUUCACUGAGUCAGCAGUUAAGUCGGGAAAGGUUCAAGAAGAAGACAUCGACCAAGCACUACUUAAUCUGUUCUCUGUUCAGCUGAGACUUGGGGUCUUCGAUGGUGACCAUGCAAAGAAUCGAUUUGGGCACCUAGGACCCAAGAAUCUCUGUACUCAGGAGCACAGGGAGCUCGCUCUCGAAGCAGUGAGACAGGGCAUUGUCCUUUUGAAGAAUGAAGAAGGUCUUCUUCCCCUAAGGAAGCAUGAGGUGAGUUCUGUGGCAAUAAUCGGUCCGGCUGCCAGUUACACAAGCGUAUAUGGUGGUGAUUACACAGGCUUUCCUUGCAAUCCAACAAGCUUUUUGGAAGGCCUCCGAUCAUAUGUUCCAAGAACAACAUUUGCAGCUGGUUGCAUGGAUAUGCCCUGUGAAACAACGGUUGGAUUUGAGGAAGCUGUUGACAUUGCCAAAGAUGCUGACAUAGUCGUCAUGGUUGCUGGACUCAAUCUAACAGAAGAAACGGAAGAUCUUGAUCGGCACAGCCUCCUGCUGCCGGGCAAGCAGAUGGAUCUCGUAAGGUCCAUCGCCAGUGUCAGUAAGAAACCACUGAUACUAGUCCUAAUCGGUGGUGGACCUAUCGAUGUUUCGUUCGCAAAAGAAGAUCCAUUAGUUGCUAGUAUUCUUUGGAUUGGAUACCCAGGUGAAGUUGGUGGGCAAGCACUUGCAGAGGCUCUCUUUGGAGAUCUCAACCCAGGGGGUAGGCUGCCUGUGACUUGGUACCCGGAGUCCUUUACCAGUGUCCCUAUGACCGAUAUGAACAUGAGAGCUGAUCCUUCACGAGGUUACCCUGGGCGAACGUAUCGAUUCUACACAGGGAAGGCAGUCUAUGAGUUCGGAUAUGGGUUGAGUUAUUCCAACUACUCUUAUAAGUUCUUAUCGAUGCCUGAAAAGAUUAGACUGGCACGAUCAUCUGCUAUGAGAGGUAGGCUGGAUGUCGUGCAUAUUGAGGAGGUCGCGUCCUGCGAUGCUAUGAGAUUUCAUGUACAGGUAUCAGUCAUCAACAAUGGUGGUGUGGAUGGGAGUCACACUGUUCUACUGUUUUCUAGAUCAGGAACAAACGUCAGAGGCGUUCCACUGAAGCAAUUGAUUGGCUUCGAGCGUGUGAGAACAACAUGCUAUGAAGCUACGGAGGUUACGAUCUUGGUUGAUCCUUGCAAGCAUCUUAGCACGGUGAAUGAGCAUGGCCAACGGGUUCUACCACUGGGAGCUCAUGUGAUAAUGUUGGAAGAUUUGGAGCACAAGUUAGUCAUCGAAGUGGCCGAGUCCAUGGAGGAAGAGGAGACGAAGAUGCACGAUGAGCUUUAAGAUUGUGUUGUUGGCUGACAAAUAAAUUUAGAUGGGACACUCGUAAUGCUGUAACAUUUGGGGACAUUGAAACUGUGAUCAACUCUGCUCCUUUGUGCUGUUAGCAUGGAGAGCUUCUACCCACCCCACACCUUUUGGUGUUUGGCUUUUAACGUGGAGGAUGUCGGUAAUUAAUAGAUCAGCUUAGUUCAAAUA